UAAGUAGACAUUUCUGAAAGACGAAGGGAAAGAUGCAGUUCAAGAUAGAAAGCAUCCUGUUCUCUCUCCUUUUCUGGUACAAAGCCACACUGGCAUUGUCACCAGAUGAGGAUGAGAGAUCAGAGCAGUGGCACAGUAAAGUUUGCAAAUGUGAUUGUCAAGGAAGUCCUGAUGGCGAAUGGUCCCAUGAAGGCAGUCUCUUAGAGUGCAUCCCAGAGUGUCCCUAUCACAGACCCCUUGGAUUUGAGUCAGGAGCUGUUACUCCAGACCAGAUAAGCUGCUCUAAUCCAGAGCAGUACACCGGAUGGUAUUCUUCUUGGGUUGCCAACAAGGCCCGACUCAAUGGCCAAGGCUUUGGGUGUGCCUGGCUCUCCAAAUUUCAAGACAAUAGCCAGUGGCUGCAGAUUGACUUGAAGGAGAUCAAAGUUAUUUCAGGGAUACUCACACAAGGACGCUGUGAUGCAGAUGAAUGGAUGACAAAAUACAGCAUGCAGUACAGGACUAAUGAGAAUCUGAAUUGGGUUUACUACAAAGACCAGACCGGAAACAAUCGGGUUUUCUAUGGGAACUCAGAUAGAUCAUCCGCUGUCCAGAACUUCCUACGCCCUCCCAUUGUCUCGCGCUACAUUCGACUCAUACCGCUGGGCUGGCAUGUGCGUAUCGCCAUCCGGAUGGAGCUGCUUGAGUGCAUGAAUAAAUGUGCAUGAUGCCAAACCACAAACCAUGCAGGGUUUUCAAGGGUGGGCGAGGAGGUGAAGAGAUUCCUUAGCAACAUAUAGAAAAGCAUCCCACAAGAUAGUGAGGAUAGAAAGAAUGGGCUAGAUUCUGGCCCAAGAUGCAGGUUUCCUGAAUCUAAUGGGUUUGUAGAAAGGCAGGAAUAUGGGCAGUAUCUACCCCUAGUUAGUUUUAUUGAAACUGAUUUCAGGAGUGGAGCUGUGUGAAAUUCUUAGUUAGUGCUGCUUGAAAUUUUCCUAGGGAAAAUAUCAUAUUGUAGCCAUAGUCAUCCAGGAAAUAUAUGAGAAGAAAGGAUUUUUGUGAGUGAUAUCUGUUAUUGGAACAACAGCAUGGUUGGGAUAGACUUAGACAAGCUAUCAAGACUUAGACAUACUUCUUACUAUCCAGAGAAAGAAUGCAUGGCUUUCAAAAGCUUAUAUAAGUCCAUCCCAAUGAUACAGUUGGUCAAAAAGAAAGAGAUCACCCACAAAAAUCCUUGCCUCCUGAGUGGAGAAAACAGAAUUUUGUGAGAUUCAUAUAAUCAUAGGGAAGUAGGUCUGGAAGGGACCUCCAGAGAUCAUCUAGUCUAGCCUCCUGCCUGAGGCAGGAUCAUCUAUAUCCAAACCACCCUAUACAAAUCCAUAAUCUCAAAUCUUCACAAAACUACCAUCACACCACUGUCCUGCCACAACACAUCACAUAAAACAUGAACCUGCCACAGGAAAGCAGGAGAGCCAUGACAGCCAAGGUCCUGCUUCUACAAUACCAAUCUGCUCUUGCCAAGCAGAAAACAUAUUGAAUUUGCCAUCCCAUUCUGGAGGCCAGGAAAAAAUAGUUAUAUAAAACUUUAAAUCUUCCCACUGAUCCUGGUCUUCCUUGUGAUGGUGAUAUGUCCUCAGUCCCUUUUGUUAUCUUUCACUGAUGCUACCAGAACUUUCUCAGUGAACUGAUAUUCAGCAAAGACUUAGUUGGAUUUUUAGCAACUCUCCACAGUCUUUUACACAGCUCUAGGUAGGAAUCAAAUUUCUGAUCGGCAUAGACUUUAGUCAUUUAAUCUCUAGUAAAAUAAGCAUAGUUAACAUUAAAGUCUUUAAAAGUUUUGUGCGUGCUCAGUAAUAAUUUAGGGGAAUGUUUAAGAUUUAAAUGUGAUAUUAAGCACUAGGUACCUGUAUGUGGACACAACCUUCAUAUAUAUGUAUUGCAACUAAAAUAUAUCUAAUAUAAAUAUUUAUGCUGUAAAUUAAAGGGCUUUCUUGAAUGAUCUGGUUUUAAGAACACACAAAAUAUUAAAGCCAAAGCUUUAAAAGCAGCUUCUUUUUUAAAAAGGUAAUAAAUGAGCAUA